UAGCCUAGCGUGUAGUCUGCUGUGGUCGCUCUCUCUUGCUCUCUCUCUCUCUCUCUCUUUUGCACACACACACACACACACACACACGAAUCGGCACGCCCCUUUUAAAUGCAUAUUAGACGCAUUGGAAGCCCCGGGUGCAGGUAGUGUGUAGUCAGUCAUCCAACGUAGGCUAGAUGGUGCAGAGCAUACGCAGAAAUCCACUAGCAGUUGGGAAAGAAGGAAGAGUAGUACAUGGUUCAUCGAUAAGGCGGAUUACAGUUCUACCUCUAAAGAUGCUCGAUGUCGUCAUUGUGUAGCAGCAUUGCAUCCCUGUCAAAAAUGGACAAGCAUUCGCUUGGAAUAUGGACUAAAGCGGGAACGUCAACCUUAAAUCAACUUGAUGGGGAAAACUAGGAGAGUCCCUUUAAGAUGACACGCACAGACCCGCCUGACAUACUGGUAUCGACUGUGUAUAAAGAUAUAAAAGUGUUCCCUGUUUCUUCGCACUCCAAGUCCUCCCAACCCCCCGAACAAUGUGAUUCCCCAAACCGAAGCACACUGGACAACAAUCAGGAUAACAAGAGGCACUGCCGUACCUUUGACUACAAGUCACUGGAGUACCCCAAACACCACACAUUCUCAAUGGAGCACCCUUACAGGAGGGCUGACAGACAUGCUGCUAACCCAGACGUGGCCUGGAAUGCCUUGGGCCGCCAGCAGGGAUACCGCUUUUCUGCACCGGACAUUUUCAACCACAGACUGACCCCUCAGCCAUUGGUCUCAGACAUGGCUAGUGAGGUGGUUGUUCCAGUGCAAAGGAAAAGGACCAGGUCAAAAAGUGCCCCCAGAGUCCAAACUAACCUUACCCCUGUGUCCUUUGAGGAGUCCCCUUCCAUGGGGAGGAGGGGUAGGGAGGCCCGGAGGGCACCUAGGGAUCCUAACUGGAGACCAGAGGUGUCACCACGUAGGGAGUGCUCUUACGCAGCAACCAGGGCACUAAUGCAUGAGGUGCAUCCCAUCAAGCUCCAGCCACAGAGGAGUGAUGCUAGCCGAUAUUCACCCCUCUAUGUUGCUGACCAUGUAGAAGAGGGAGGGCAGGACAAGCCAGCCACCAGCCCUCACGUCAGGUGUCGGGUGGACAUCAAACCAGAUGUGGCUGUCUUGCAAAAUGCUGGACGGAAGCCUGCUACACCCAGAGUUGACAUACCUUGGCAGAGGUACCCUAGUGGAGGAAGCAGGAGCCUGACAGUACCUCGCCAUUUCACCUUCUCAAGGACCUCAACUCCCACUGACUCUUUUGGUGGUGAGUAUGGGCAGGCAUACCAGUAUUCCCGCAGCAUGCCAAAUAGUUACAUUCAGCCCAUGGAGAUGCCUCUGCAAAGAAUGCCUUCCCCAGGUGAUUACUAUGGCAGGGAACGCAGGGCUCAUUCCAGCCCCAAUGUGCCAACAAAAUUAUUUUAUGCAGACGACCCUGGGAGGUAUGUGGCCACAGCCCCUCCCCAACCAAGGACUUACUAUCAGGAUGAUCGCUAUAGUAUGCCAAGCCAAAACCUCACUCCCAAAAUGCAGUAUGUACAGGAUCCAAGGACCCGCGUGGUGCAUACUGUACCAGCCCGAUCCUAUUACACAGAGGUAGAGCCUUACCCAUACCCAGUUCAAGCUGCAUAUCCGAAAGCCUAUGCAGCAAGUGAACCAGGGCCAUAUAUCAUUCAGACCCCGCCUGCAAGAACGUUCUAUGGAGAUGAUCUAAGGACUUAUCAAAUUCAGUCUGUUCCCCCGCGGAUAUAUUACGCAAAUGAAAUGUAUACACCUUCACAGGAGCAUCACAUUCCAGCAAGGGCAUAUUAUACAGAGGGGCGUCGACAUGCGCGAGUCGUCCAGUCUCAACCAGAUGACUGGUACGGCUCUGAGGUGUCUGGUUAUUCCACCCAUCACCCUGCCUCGUAUGGCUCUCAGGUCACCCCGACCAGAGCUGUAAGGCAAGAGCCAGCGCUAACACCAUGGUAUGCUAACCCAUGCAUUGAGCCGCCACGAAUCGGCACCGAUUCCAAACCUUACUCGAGGUCUUGGGAUAAUAUCCUCAACUCCCGUGUGGAGAGGGAGCAGCCUAUUCCAGUUCAGCGGGGUCGGAGUUAUGAGAAUCUUAUUGCCCAAGCAAAGCGCACUGCGUCCGAAGAUGACAGACCACAGCCAGUAGUUGUCAACCUUUCCAGUUCACCGAGACGUUAUGCAGCCUUGUCUUUGUCUGAUAACUCUCUAAUUGACAAAAGCCCAACAUCAGAGUCAGGGAAGACCACCUCUAGUAAGCUCUGGUUCGUCGCCCCUGAGAUCACCAUCACUGAUAAUGACAUUCGACCAGGCAACCUUAACAAAUUCGAGGCACGAAGAGCCAGCUGGGAUGUGCUGCACUCUAAAAGUGCUGUGGUUCCAGAAGCUUCUCAGCCAGACACUAUGUCCUGCUCUGUGGAUUCUACCAAAGAAAAGACGCACAACAGCGCCUCUCUACAGCAAAGCCUGGAGCAACUUGAUGAGCUUCUAGCUGAUCUUGUUACUGACUACAAACCCCCUGCCACUAGGAGGCCAAGCGAGGAUUUGCUGGACCAACUCAAGAAGCUGAUCGAUGAAGAAGAAGCAGCAUCUCUGUCCAGAAAGGGUUCAAAGGCAGGGUCAGAGGAACCACCCCUGGACAAGCAACCCACCUCUAUAAGAAUGAACCCUGACGCCCUUCGAGAUAUGGACUGCAGCAGUGAUGCCCUGAGGAGUGCAGACGAGUGCUCCCCAGACCAGAGCCCAGACGAGGACGACAGCAUGAUGUGCUCAAACAACAAAUGCCGACGGACAGAGACCCUGUUCAAUGCUUGCCUCUACUUCAAAUCCUGCCACAGCUGCUACACUUACUACUGCUCCCGCAACUGCCGCAGGGAGGACUGGGACAUUCACAAAGAGAGUUGCCUGUAUGGCCGAAUCGGCAGCGUGUGCCGCCAUAUCAUCAAGCACUGCCGGGAGACUGUCGAGGUCCACAAAGCCUUCUCGCGCAUUGCCAAAGUUGGCUUCCUUUCCCGGGGAAGGGGUGUGCUCUUCCUGGGAUUCCCAAACCCAGGGCUGUCCGGUAACUUCCUACAGUACGGCCUGGAGAGCCUCCAGAUGUCCCCGACUUAUUUGUCUCUACGGGAGCUGGAAGGCUUCAAGGACAACCUGGGGGAGUAUUGCAAGGAGCUCCAGGAGGCAGGCAAGGACUAUGACCCAAACGAAUGUUUCCUCUUGAAUGUAUCCAUUGCCGUCGGCGAACAAAUGCCUGACGGACCUUCACCAAGGAAUCAAGCCCCAACUGUCAGGAAAUAUGCCAAGGUGGCGCUCGCUUCCUACAGCCCGGAGAAGAGUAAGGUUCACAAGAAAGAGAGGGAUAUGGAGACGUUGAUCCUCACGCCACCCCCUGGAAUGGCUGACAUCGACAAUGAGGGAGAGGAGGGCAGGAAGGCCAGGGAGAUCUGCUUCAUCAACAUCCAGCGGGAGCUGCGAAUUCGAGGAGUUUUUCUACGCCACGAAUAUCCAAAGGUAUACCAGCAGCUCUGCGAGUUUGUGGAAAGUAACAGGAGGUUCACCCCCACAACCAUCUACCCCAUUGACAAGAGGACUGGUAAGCAGUUCAUGUGCAUGAUCAUGGCUGCUUCUGAGCCCAGAACACUGGACUGGGUAGGCACCCCCCAUCUCCUCGAUGACAUUAUUUAAGUGCACCUUUGGUUGUACAUAUAUAUGUAUAGAAAUACAUAUAUAUUGUUAUACAUAUCUAUAUAUCAAGCCUAUUUAUUAUAAAUGUUUGUAGAUAUGUAUUUUACUAUUGAAAAGAGAUAUAUUCAUGUCUGUGUGGUCAGUAUUAUUCAUUCUUGGAAUAUUGCCUGUCAGAUGCGGAUAUGAGUACAAUAGGCUCCAUUAUUUAUUUAUUUUCAUCUUUGAACUUAAUUCACCAUUUAGUAAAUGUAUUCACAACAUUAAUCAUUUAUUGGUGCCAGGUCAUUUUCUAUUCCAUUAUUCUGCAUUAUUUUUGGGGGGUAGGAUUUUUGGUAGUAAAACUUUUUUUUGUAUUAAUUAAACAUUUCUAAAUGCAUUAUUUGAGGCUGAGUAAAAAGUGACUAAGUAGAACAUGACUAUUUUUCAUAUCUGAUUGAAGUGGCAUAUAACGCAGAACAUUUUAAAACAUGUAUUAUUUUCUUAGCUCAAAUACUUUCUAUGCAAAGGAACAUGCUUAAUGGGAUCAUUUCCACAUUCUAGUAAAACUGUUAUUUGCGCUUGAUAAAAGGAUACAGAAAUACUAUUUAUAUUAUAUUAUACAAUAUUAUAUUAUAUUAUCCAGUAUCCACAGGACAUAACUAUCCUUCUUUUAGAAUUUCACAUAUUUUAUUAAACUCUAACAAAAAUAAACAGUUUUUGAUGUAAUUGAAAUUAAUGAGAUUAACAAAAUACAAUACUUUGGGUAGAUUUAAACGAGUUCCUCAGAAUGCUCAGAAAGACACUGUUUAAUGAAAAAAAAGGAAAGCUGUGCUAAUCUAAUCCUCCUAGAAAGGGGUUUCAAAGUCUCACUGCUUAGAUUGGUAGUGCUGUAAAUUGUUACCUUAUUCCUGAAAGUGGUUUUAUUGACGUGAGUUUCAAUAUAAUUAAUUCAAUGGUGCUUUAAUGUAUGCUUGGUAGAAUUACUGGAGCAAUAACGGACUUGAAGAUAAACAUAAAAUGAUUGAUAUGGUACCAGUCGUGUGUUAUACACAAUAGGUGUUGGCUUGUACUGUUCAAUUUGAAACACUGUGAAUAGUAAAAGAAGUCAUUCAUCAACUUUAGACAUGGUUGGUACCGUGGAAUCAUGCAAUCUCACAUAAGCUAGUUUAUAAAUUGCUAUUUUUACAUAAUUUACAGAACAUAAUAUAUAUGAAUUAGCGAGCGAGAUUUGCUACAGUUAUUGUCCUUAGAAAAAAGGUGAGCCAGGUUUGGCAACAGUAGCUGUAUGGUACGUAAAGUUUAAAUGCUUGAAGAGGUUAGUUGUGUAUUUGUGCUGCACUAGGUUGAUUAUGUGUGUGAUAUUUUUUGUAUGAGAAUGAGAACCUUCAAAAAGAAAAUGGGAUAUGAACAGCUAUGUUGUCUCAUAAUUAUACUUGUAUUUAGCCUUAGUUUGCAGAUUAAAAUAUCGAACAAAACCUCAGUAUCCAGGAAAUGUUACAAAGAGAACAUUUAUCUAAAAUGUUAUUUUAGACAGAUCUCUUUGACAAGGGACUCACAUACAUAUAUAUUGUUUCUGGGUGAAAUUGACCAUUUUUCAUUACUCUAUGAAUUCUACAGUUUAUUUUAAACCAAUGUUCAGUAUCUACUGCUCUUUUGAGCUCAAUUAUCUGUCAGCAGCAGGUUUACAUAGAGUUCAUUCAUAUCACAGCUCAACACUUUCUGAGGAAGGACUAUUGUUUAGAGCCUGUAGCACAUAUUUCAGAAAUACUUGUUUGGCUGACUGGAUGUGUACAGAUGCAAUGAGAAGUAACUGACUGCAUGUAAUUGUAUUUCUUCCCCCAGCUUUAUCAUAACCUCAACGAUGACGCAAUACAAUAACCUGCUUGAUGAUUUGAUAUGUAAACAUGGUUGAGAACUAUUAUACUAUAGAAAAAAAUAUUGAUAUUUUUUAUUGUGUCAGCCAUUCAAGUUAAAACAAGGAAAUAAAGAGACCUCAAAAUAAAAAUGUUUAGAAAAUGUUGUUUGUUGUAUUUUUUCUACUUUCAUCAUAUGUAUCUGAGUAUGUGAUAUUUAUAAACAUAUCUAAUAAAUGGAAUGGGAACACUG